UUAUCCUUAAACCUUCCUAAUGUAUAUUUGACGGCCACCGAUGAAAUUAUACAUACGAGUACUAUAUAUAAAUACGGAGAGAGUGCUCGGAGAGUGAGAGAGAGGAGAGAGAGAGCGGGUUUAGAGAGAGAGUUUGGAGAUAGAAACAAUGGCAAGGGAUGGUUGUCUGGCUCGAGUGACCGCAGGUGUAGCAGUCGGUGGUGCUGUCGGAGGCGCUGUCGGUGCUGUGUACGGGACCUAUGAGGCUAUUAGAUACAAGGUUCCUGGACUACUGAAAAUCAGGUACAUUGGGCAAACCACCCUUGGCAGUGCCGCCAUUUUUGGUCUUUUCUUGGGUGCUGGCAGCUUGAUACAUUGUGGGAAGUCUUACUAAAGCUCCCCAUUGAAUUUUCUGUAUAAGCUGGUUCUGUUUUGUUUACAAGAAUUGGUUGGAUUAAAUGAGCCUGUAGACAUUUUGCACAGAAAUGUUUUUUCGGCAAUGAGCCAUUAUCUAAACAUAAUAAUUUCUGA